AUGUCAGACCCUGCGAACUAUAUCGUCGGCUGGAUCUGUGCCAUAGCCACAGAAUACGUUGCUGCACAAGAGCUUCUCGAUGAGGAGCACGAAAGGCCAGCCUUUGUGUCAUCAAAUGAUCCGAACGACUACACAUUGGGCAGAAUUGGUGAACACAACGUCGUCAUCGCCGUCUUGCCGGAUGGUGAAUAUGGAACAGCUUCUGCGGCCAGUGUGGCAACGAACAUGUUGAAUAGCUUUCCGAACGUCAGGAUAGGCCUUAUGGUCGGCAUUGGUGGUGGGGUUCCAAGUGAGAAGCAUGACAUUCGUCUGGGCGAUGUUGUAGUGAGUGCAACUCGUAAUGGCGAGGGUGGUGUGUUCCAGUACGACUUUGGCAAGUCGAUACAGGCCCAGGGCUUUGAGCAUACGCGGUUCUUAAACCAGUCCCCAACCAUACUGCGCACUGCAAUCACAGGUAUCCAGGCACAGUAUAAGAGGAAGGGACAUCAGCUCGCGGAGACUGUCAAUGGAAUUAUCGACAGCAACCCAAGGCUACGGCGAGAGUACGAGCGACCACAAUCAAGCACUGACCGGCUAUUCAAAGCCGAAAUUAUUCAUGACUCAAGAGGCUGUGAGGAGGUUUGUGCAAAAAGCCCCUUCAAUUUAGUUCUGCGGCGCGAGCGGACUGAGUUUGACGAUAACCCUGCCGUCCACUACGGCCUGAUUGCUUCUGCCAACCAGUUGAUGAAGGAUGCUUUGAUUCGAGAUAGGUUGGCGGUGGAAAAAGAGGUUCUCUGUUUUGAAAUGGAAGCCGCAGGUCUGAUGAACAGCUUUCCUUGUCUAGUGAUUCGGGGCAUAUGUGACUACUCGGACUCGCACAAAAAUAAACAAUGGCAAGGGUAUGCAGCAAUGGUGGCGGCUGCAUACGCCAAAGACUUGUUGGGUCGGAUCCCAUCGAACAAAGUUGACGCUGAGAGGAGGAUCGGCGACAUUCUAUCUGGUCUCCAAGACGUCGCAGAAGACCACAAGAACAUUGCACAGAAGCAGCUUGAUAUACAGGAAAACGAACUCAAGCAGAAGUUGUCUGACAAGCAAUUGGAGUGUCUUCACUUAUUCCGUCUCACCUCUAGUGCCCACGACACCACAUAUGAGUGGUACAAGGAUCGUGUGGAAACGCGGGUCGAGGGCACCUGCGAAUGGUUUCUCAACCACCAUCAUUUCCAGCAUUGGCUACACGAGGAUUCCGGGCCAUUACUGGUGUCAGCAGACCCAGGCUGUGGGAAAUCUGUCCUCGCUAAAUAUCUGAUUGAUGAGAGAUUACCUCGCUCGGCAACUAUCUGCUACUUCUUUUUCAAAUCCCAAGAUCAGAACACCGUCCGCCAAGCACUCUGUGCUCUACUCCACCAACUCUUUUUACACCAGCCGGUUUUGGUUGAAUAUGCCAUGGACGCUUUCAAGAAAGACGGGUGUAGUCUGAUCAAUUCAACAAUAUCCCUCUGGACAAUUCUAGAAAACGCAGUGCAAGACCCCCUGGCCGGAUCUAUAAUCAUUGUCCUCGACGCCCUGGAUGAAUGUGCCCAGUCCGAGUGUGAGGAUCUGGUCCGAAAAAUAAAGAAUCAAUUCCUCGGCGGCCGCUCAAGUAGUCUGAAGUGCCUGCUAACAAGCCGUCCGUAUGAAGAGAUCAUGGGUAAGUUCCAGAACCUGCUGGAAUCCUUCCCAUAUAUCCGUAUACCAGGAGAGGAGGAGUCGGAUAGCAUUAGUCGAGAAGUCAACCUUGUCAUAAAGCACCAGGUCAAGCAGCUGGCGAAAGAGAAAGAUCUUCCAGACCGAGUGGAGGCUCAUUUGGCAGAGAAAUUGCUCGGCAUCCCACACCGUACCUACCUCUGGGUAUAUCUUGUGUUCGACUGCUUAAAGAAUCGACAAUUCAAGAAAACACCCAAGGGUCUCGAUGGCAUGAUGGCUAACCUGCCCACCACUAUCUACGGGGCAUAUGAGCAGAUUCUGACCAGGUCACACCAGCAAGAACCGAUGGUUCGGCGGGCAUUAAGUAUGAUUUUGGCAGCGAGCCGGCCAUUAUCUGUUUCAGAGAUGAACGUUGCAUUGAACGUUGAUAGGACAUCAAAGUCAAUUCAUGACCUUGAUCUAGAAGAAGACAAGGACUUCAGGACACGGCUGAGAAAUUGGUGUGGGUUAUUUGUGUCUGUCCACCAUGAUCAGGUGUAUUUUAUUCACCAAACCGCUCGAGAAUUCCUACUUACAACCACAACUAUCCCUCGGGACUCAUGUUGGCAACACUCUAUCACCAACAUUGAAGCCCAUAGCGUUCUUGCAGAAGCCUGUGUUUUAUAUCUUGACUUCCUUAAUAAUGACUCAGCCCCCAUAGUUGCAAGCACAGAUGAUGGCGAGUUCCUCAAUGAAUAUAUAUUCCUAGAUUACUCGGCCAAAAAUUGGGGUACCCAUUACCGCGAGGCGAGUGACAGCACCUGUGCUGAUUUAGUUUCAUCUACUUUGAGCAUAUGUACUCCUGAGUCAAGGAGCUGGUCUGCAUGGUUCACAAUUUUUCAAAAGGGCGAACAAAAGCUUUCUACUGGAAGAGUUACCAACCUCAUGAUAUCGUCAUAUUUUGGGCAUGAGGGAAUUGUCCAGCUUCUAGCCGACAGGGGCGCCAACUUAGAAUCCGUGGAUAAUCUUGGUCGAACACCGCUGUCAUACGCAGCUGAGAAUGGGUAUGAGGCUGUUGUCAAGCUACUGAUUGACAAGGGCGCCAGCUUGGAAACUGUAAAUUUUGUUAGACGAACACCAUUGUCAUAUGCAGCCGAGAAUGGGCAUAAGGCCAUUGUCAAGCUACUGAUUGACAGGGGCGCCAGCUUGGAAACUGAAAAUUUUGUUACACGAACACCACUGUUAUACGCAGCUAAGAAUGGGU